GGCCCAGCUCACAGAAGGCAGGAGGGUUGAAAGUGGUGCCCAGCAGCCUUCCAGGUCUCCUGGAGUGUCUGAUCCCAGUCUCUCUAAGGAUGGGUCUCCAGGGGAUGCUUGGUUUUCCCCUGGUGCUCCUGCUUGGCCCUGUGCUGCUGGUGGCUUCAGCCCCAGCCACUCCGGAGCCUCAUGGUUGCAGCAACAAGGAGCAACAGGUCACCGUGAGCCACACCUACAAGAUUGAUGUGCCAAAAUCUGCCCUGGUCCAGGUGGAGGCUGAUCCGCAGUCCCUCAGCGAUGAUGGGACUUCGCUCUUAGCCUUGGGGGAGGCUGGGGAGGAGCAGAACUUCAUUUUCAGGCACAACAUCCGCCUUCAGACGCCACAAGACUGCGACUUGGCAGACAGUGUCCGGGAUCUCCUGGCCCGGGUAAAGAAGCUGGAGGAAGAGAUGGAAGAGAUGAAGGAGCAGUGUAGUGCCCAGCGCUGCUGCCAAGGAGCUGCUGAUCUGGGUCGUCACUGCAGCGGCCAUGGGACCUUUCUCCCUGAGACCUGCAGCUGCCACUGCGAGCAGGGCUGGGAGGGCGCAGACUGCGAGCAGCCCACCUGUCCCGGGGCAUGCAGUGGUCACGGGCGUUGCGUGGACGGGCGCUGUCUGUGCGACGAGCCCUACGUGGGGGCCGACUGCGCCUACCCGUCCUGUCCCCAGGACUGCAGUGGACACGGCGUGUGCGUGCAAGGUGUCUGCCAGUGCCACGACGACUUCACGUCGGAGGACUGCAGCGAGCUGCGCUGCCCUGGCGACUGCAGCGGGCAUGGCUUCUGCGACACCGGGGAGUGUUACUGCGAGCUGGGUUUCACCGGCCCGGACUGCUCACAGGUGGUGACACCUCAGGGCCUGCAGCUGCUCAAGAGCACAGAGAAUUCCCUGCUGGUGAACUGGGAGCCCUCCAGUGAUGUGGACCACUACCUGCUAAGCUACUAUCCCCUGGGGAAGGAACUGUCUACCAAGCAGAUCCAAGUGCCCAAGGAGCAGCACAGCUAUGAGAUUCCUGGCUUACUGCCUGGUACCAAGUAUAUAGUCACUCUGCGCAAUGUGAAGAAAGACAUUUUCAGCAGCCCACAGCACCUCCUUGCCACCACAGAUCUUGCUGUGGUAGGCACUGCCUGGGUGACAGAAGAGACUGAGACUUCCCUUGACGUGGAGUGGGAGAACCCCCUGACAGAGGUGGACUACUAUAAGCUGCGGUAUGGCCCCUUGACAGGGAAGGAGGUGGAUGAGGUCACUGUGCCAAAAAGCAGUGACCCCAAGAGUCGAUAUGAUAUCACUGGUCUGAAGCCUGGGACAGAAUAUAAGAUCACAGUUGUCCCCAUGAGAGGAGAUCUGGAAGGCAAACCGAUUCUCCUGAAUGGCAGGACAGAAAUUGAUGGUCCAACCAAUGUGGUCACUAAUCAAGUGACUGAAGAUACAGCUGAAGUCUCCUGGGUCCCGGCAAAGGCUGACAUAGACAAGUAUGUGGUGCGUUACAUCUCUCCUGAUGGGGAGACCAAAGAGAGGGCGGUACCCAAGGACCAGAGCAGCACUAUCCUGACCGGCCUGAAGCCAGGAGAGGCAUACGAAGUGUAUGUGUGGGCCGAAAGGGGCAACCAGGGGAGCAAGAAAGCCGACACCAAGGCCCUAACAGAAAUCGAUAGCCCAGCAAACCUGGUGACUGACCGGGUAACAGAGAACUCGGUCACUGUGUCCUGGGAUUCAGUGGAGGCCGACAUUGACAUGUAUGUGGUGAGCUACAGCUCUGUUGAUGGAGUGACCAGGGACGUUCCGGUGGGAAAGGACAAGAGCAGCACUGUCCUGACAGGACUGAAGCCAGGUGUGGAGUACAAAGUCUAUGUAUGGGCCAAGAAAGGAGACCGAGAGAGCAAGAAGGCAAACACCAAGGCCCCCACAGACAUUGACAGUCCCAAAAACUUAGUGACUGACUGGGUGACAGAGAAUACAGUCGCUGUCUCCUGGGACCCUGUGCAGGCCAACAUUGACAGGUAUGUGGUGAGCUAUACUUCUGCUGAUGGAGAGAUCAGGGAGGUUCCAGUGGAGAAGCAGAAGAGCAGCACCGUCCUGACGGGCCUGAAGCCAGGCAUGGAGUACAAGGUCCAUGUGUGGGCCCAGAAGGGGACCCAGGAGAGUAGGAAGGCUGAUACCAAGUCUCUCACAGACAUUGACAGCCCUAAAAACCUAGUGGCUGACCAGGUGACAGAGAACACUGUCACUGUCUCUUGGGAUCCAGUGGAGGCUGAUAUUGACAGGUAUGUGGUACGUUACAACUCUGUCGACGGAGAGACCAGGGAAUUUCUGGUUGGGAAAGAUCAGAGCAGCACCAUCUUGACAGGCAUGAGGCCAGGUGUGGACUACACGAUUGAUUUGUGGGCCCAGAAGGGGACCCAAGAGAGCAGGAAAGUCAACACCAAGGCCCCCACAGACCUUGAUGGCCCCAAAAACCUGGUGACUGACCAGGUGACAGAGAACACUGCCAUAGUCUCCUGGGACCCAGUGGAGGCUGACAUUGACAGGUAUGUGAUGCGUUACACCUCUACUGAUGGAGAGACCAUGGAGGUUCCAGUGGGGAAAGAAAAGAGCAGCACCAUCCUCACAGGCCUGAGACCAGGCAUGGAGUACAAGUUUGAUGUAUGGGCCCAGAAAGGGACCCAGGAGAGCAAGAAGGCCAGCACCAAGGCCCCCACAGACAUUGAUAGCCCCAAAAACCUAGUGACUGUCCAGGUGACAGAGAACACUGCCACUGUCUCCUGGGACCCAGUGGAAGCUGACAUUGACAGGUACAUUCUACACUACUCUUCUGCUGAUGGAGAGACUAGGGAAUUUCUGAUUGGAAAGGAGCAGAAGAACACCAUCCUCACUGGCCUGAGACCAGGUGUGGAGUACAAGGUUGACGUGUGGGCCCAGAAGGGUGCCCGGGAGAGCAAGAAGGCCAGCACCAAGGCUCUCACAGACAUUGACAGCCCAAAAAAUCUGGUGACCAACCAAGUGACAGAGAACACGGCCACCAUCUCCUGGGACCCAGUGCAGGCCAACAUUGACAGGUACAUGGUGAGCUAUACCUCUGCCGAUGGAGAGACUAGAGAGAUUCCAGUGAGGAAGGAGAAGAGCAGCACUGUCCUGACUGGCCUGAGGCCAGGUGUGGAGUACACAGUUCACGUGUGGGCCCAGAAAGGGUCCCGGGAAAGCAAGAAGGCUGACACCAAGGCCCCCACAGAAAUUGACAGCCCUAAAAACUUGGUGACCAACCGGGUAACAGAGACUACAGCCACCAUCUCCUGGGACCCAGUGCGAGCCAACAUUGACAGGUACAUGGUGAGCUACAGCUCUGCUGAUGGAGAGACCAAGGAGGCUCCUGUGGCAAAGGAUCAGAGCAGCACUGUCCUGAUGGGCCUGAGGCCAGGUGUGGAGUACACAGUCCACGUGUGGGCCCAGAAAGGAAUCCGGGAGAGCAAGAAGGCUGACACCAAGGCCCUGACAGAAAUCGACCCUCCCAAAAACUUUCGUCCAUUUGGUGUGACACAUUCCAGUGGUGUAUUGACCUGGAUGCCCCCCUCUGCUCAGAUUGAUGGCUACAUUCUCACCUACCAGUUCCCAAAUGGCACAGUGAAGGAGGUGCGGCUCCAAAGAGGAGAGCAGAGGUUUGAGUUGCAGGGCCUGGAGCAGGGUGUCACCUAUCCUGUCUCAUUAGUUGCCUUUAAGAGUGAUCGCCAAAGCAGAACUGUAUCCACCACCCUCUCUACAGUUGAUGCUCGUUUCCCACACCCCUCGGACUGCAGUCAGGUUCAGCAGAACAGCAACGCUGCCAGUGGCCUCUACACAAUCUACCUGAAUGGUGACGUCAGCCGGCCCAUGCAGGUGUACUGUGACAUGGACACGGAUGGAGGUGGCUGGAUUGUCUUCCAGAGACGGAACACUGGGCAGCUGGAUUUCUUCAAGCGUUGGUGGAGCUAUGUGGAAGGCUUUGGGGACCCCAUGAAGGAGUUCUGGCUUGGACUUGAUAAGCUACACAAUCUCACCACUGGCACUCCUACCCAGUAUGAGGUGAGGGCGGACUUACAGACUGCCAAUGAAUCUGCCUACGCCGUAUAUGAUUUCUUCCAGGUGGCCUCCAGCAAGGAGCGAUAUAAGUUGACAGUUGGGAAAUACAGAGGCACAGCAGGGGACGCUCUAACUUACCACAAUGGACGGAAGUUCACAACUUUUGACCGAGACAACGAUAUCGCUCUCAGCAACUGUGCUCUGACACAUCAUGGUGGCUGGUGGUAUAAGAACUGCCACUUGGCCAACCCCAAUGGCAAAUAUGGGGAAACUAAGCAUAGUGAGGGGGUAAAUUGGAAGCCAUGGAAAGGACAUGAAUUCUCCAUUCCUUACGUGGAGCUGAAAAUCCGCCCACAUGGGUACAGCAGAGAGCAGUUCUCUGGCAGGAAGAAGCGGUCAUUAGGAGGAAAGACAAGAACAUUCUGAAGGCCCAUUUGAGCAAUCUUUGCAGGAGACAAAACCAGUGG